GUACCAUGUAGCUUGGCUAAUGGCGGCUGUGACCAUCUGUGCUUGCCGACACCUAUCCUCGGUUUCAAGUGCGCAUGCUCUGUGGGUUUUAGCCUUACCGGAUCAACAUCUUGUACAACAACCUUGUUACAAGACAAUUUUGUCUUGCUGACCGACCCAGGAAGAAAGGAAAUUUUUCAGAUCGCAUUGGAUGGGUCUUCUUACAACGCAGUCAAACUGGGAUCAGAUCACGACUACCCGAGGGCUGUGAUAUUUGAUUCCGCUGAAAGCAAGAUCCUUUGGAUGGAUACAGACGUCAUAAAGAGUGUGGGACUGGACGGAUCAGCUGAAGAAACUCUGUACGAAUUCCCGCAAGCGGCCAUUUUACAGCGUAUGGCCCUCGAUGUAUCCAACAGACUGUUGUUCGUCACUGACGAUGGAAGGACACUGAUAGGAGUUCUGGACCUGGUUGGGAAAAACUUCAAGACCGUUAUAGACUCUCGACUUUACCGACCUCGUGACAUAGAGAUUGAUCCUUGGGAGAAUCGUAUCUACUGGGCCGACUGGGGCGCAACUGAAAGCAUAAAUAGGGCAUACUACGACGGUAGCGAAAGAGAGGAAAUAGUGACGUCAUACCUGUAUUUCCCGUUCGGUUUAGCCAUUGAUGUUCCAGGUCGCAAAAUUAUGUGGGCAGAAGGGUGGUAUGAAGAAAUUGAGGCAUCGAACCUGGAUGGAUCAAACAGAGAUACUAUAUACAUUAAACGGAGUUCCUUUUUCCACGGCUUAGCUAUAUCCGAUAGUAACCUUUACUUCACUGAUACAUGGACAAG